CCCUGGGCACUCCUGCUUCCUUUUCUGGGUUCCCACCCCCGCUAUGGGCAGAGACAAACCUCAGGAGGUGGCACGACCACAGGCCCGGUGGUUCUACCAUGUCCCGGGUCUGCCAAGUAGCAUCAGUGCUCUCUGCGCACUGCUGCAGCACAAUGCCCCUCACGAUGCCCUUUGCUGGUCUGGCCCAUCUUGCCCAUGGAAAAGUAGGUGGACGGCUCGUUGACCUGCUGAGGGUGUGGUGUAGCCGCCAGGUUCCCUAGGGCUUGCGUGCUUGCUUAUUUAUUUACGGCCGUGUGUCCCGUAGCCCAGGCUGACAUUGGACUUGUUGAAUCAUCCAGGACGACCUUGCGUCCUGCCUCUGCCUCCAAGUGCUGGGAUUACAAGGCACCGGGCGUCUCGGAGUGCUGGUCUCCCCGUUGUAGCCAGCAUCGAGUGUGAGAUGGUUUGGCUAGGAGGCAAAUGGCUGAGGAAGCUCAUGGCCUGUCCCUUGCUCGCGCUGUCCUCCAAUCUAUGUCCAUAGGCCCUGUCCUCAUCAGGCUCCUGGGGACCAGCUGGGAGUACUGUGGCCCCUGAGACAUUUUUAUAUUGUCCUCCUUGAGUGUGGCUGGCCCCCAGACAAACCCAGGAAGCCUAGGAGACAGCCAUUUUGCUGUGCUGUUGGUGUGAGAACCUUCUGGGGCCUCCCCCAUGACCUUUACAUGGAAAGUGUGGUGUGUGUAUGUGGUAAGGUAUGGAGUGUAAAGAGGUGACCGACCACUCAGAGUGGAACCAUGGGAGAACUCCAAGCCCAAACAGGGCUUCUUUUAUUUGCCUGCUUUUUAGUCAAAUUAGUUAAGAUGGGCUGUCACUGUAUAGCCCUGGCUGUCUUGGAACCUGCUUUGUCAGCCAGGUUAGCCUUGAGGUCACAGAGAACCACCUGCCUCUGCUCCUGAGGUACUGGGACUGACGUGUGAACUGCAAUGCCAAGCUUCUUUCUUUUCCCUUUUGUAUUUCUUUUUAAAAUAAUUGGUGUAUACACUGUAGCCCAGGCUGGCCUAGAAUUCAUUACAUAGCCUAGGUUGGCUUCAAAUGUACAGCAAUCUUCCUGUCUCAGCUUUCCAAGUGCUGGGAUAAUAGGCGGGAGCUGCCCUAGAGAAACCUCAGCAGAGACAGGACGUGAGAGUCAGGCACGCUCAGGCCAGCAGACCAGGGUUUCUAUGGAGAUGAGCUGAACAGGAAACAUGGGACCCGCGGGAGGGGGCAGUGGGAACGCAGUGGUGUUUGGGGUGGUAGCAUCCCUCAGGAGAACUUGCCAUAAGAGAUCAACUAGUCUUAGCAGUCCUCUUAGAUAAACAGGGAAACUGAGGCCCAUGGCCUUGUGCUCCCCUGGGAGGCCACACCUGGAGCAGCUGAGGAAACUUGCCCAGGUGUGUCCUGGAGCCCAGCAGCGUGCAGGUUCUAGAGGUGGGCAUGUAAGCUGCCAUGUGUCCUAACAAGGGCUGCUUCCUUCUUGUCUUGUCGUGCAGGUCUGGGACGGCAGGGAGGGCCCAGCCUUUACCACUGACCAGAGAGCACAGCACCACCUCCCCCACAGCCACUGUGGCCUUUUGUUUUCUGGGUGACACUAGCUAGCAUCAGGCGGUGCGAUGCGUCUGGGUGACUAAUCUCCUCCAGGCUGGGCAGCUGUCACACUGGCCUGAGCAGACUGGUGGGGAAAGCUGACACCCUGGGGAGAGCUGGCAAGUCAGUGCCCUGGUGGCAGCAGGCAGCCAGGCCUGCAAGUUCCUCUUCCUGGGACAGAAAAUGGACUCAAGGAGCCCACACUGGCUGGCUGUGUGACCUGGGUGUGCUCUUGCUAUUUUCUUAUAAUGAAGCUGUGGCCCUGCCUCCCUCAGAGGGCUCUGGUAGGGUCAGUGAGGUGGCGGAGGGCUCACCCAUGGCGCGGCACACAGUAGCACUGGAUGGCUCUUAAUACUGUGGGGCCUUUCUCCAACCUGACCUCCAUCCCAGGGUCUGCCCGCCAUCUGCUCUGCAAUCUCUGCCUGUGGGUUUUGUGUCUGCUACUCUCCUAGGUGCCUUAGUUUCUUCAUCUUGUGCGCUCUCUCUCUGUCUCUCUCUCUCUCUGUGCAUGCGUGUGUGUGUGUGUGUGUGUGUGUGUGUGUGUGCGCGCGUGUGCGUGUGUAUGUGUGUGUGUGCGCGUGUGCGUGUGUAUGUGUGUGUGUGCGUGCGCGUGCAUGUGUGCGUAUGUGUGUGUGUGUGUAUGUGUGUGUGUGUGCGCGCGUGUGCGUGCGUGCACAUAGUGGACUCAAUAAAUGUCAUGUGGAUGAAACAGCCCUCUUGCCAGUGUCUGCUCCUAUGUCUCUGGAACUCACCUCCUGUCCAGUCUCAAUGCUGCUUUGCUACCUCAGUCCCUGCCCCCUCCCCCUGCUCACUGAUUGCUGGAGUUCUGUCCCCUGGGCCCACUUCUCCCUGCCACACCCUAUGCUGGCUCUAACGCCACCUGCCAAGACCCCACAGCAAGGAUUGGUGGAGGGCUGAGCCAGGGCUGCAUAGAUCGGUUGGGUGGGCCUGUCUUCCCAGGCCGUCCUCUCAGACAACCCUUCCCCCUGCCCAGUGCUCUGCGCUUCAGCCAGGCCAGCCCUCAGCAGGCAGAAAUUGUGAGAGUCCGCCAGCCCUCUUCCACGGCUGUGCCUUGGGCCCCAUGGCUGUGACUUGUAGCUGUCUCCCUCAACUAACUGGGGUCUUGGGGCCAUUCCUCAAGUGUAGAAGAGGUGUGAGGGCAGAGAGCUUAUCACAGCGCACUGGGAAGGAGGAAAGAUAGAUUAGGGAGCAGGGGAAAGGAAUAGAUGUCUGGAUAGCGCGCAUGGCCUAGUACACACCAAGGGAGGGACCCAGUGCGUGCUGCAGGAGCCAGUGUGGGUCAUCUCAAGCACAGGCUCGUGAGUCUGGGGACAGUGCGAGACACUGAGUCCCUCCGCAGGAAGGCUCAAGGAAGGGGUUUGGGGGCCUCACACCUUGGGAUACCCAUACUCAAUCUUUGGAACGGUGAGACAGCCACUGGUACCAGAAAGUUCUUAGAGAUGUGUGCACACGGCACCUAGCAUCAACACUCUCCCAGCCGGAACCUCUCACUGCAUGCCCCAUGCUGACACAGUAACACAUCUGGGGCAGGGCAUGCCUUCCCAAUUCUCAGAAGCCUGAUCUCCCCGUGACCAAAACCAAAGUUUGGGCUGAAUAUAGGGAUUUUAUCGGGACUCAGAUCCUUCUCAGAGAACCUAUGUUUAUUAUUUUUGCUUAAUUGCACUGUCUCCCAGGAGAGAAAUCCAACCUCCUUCCAUGUGGGGGCAAAAGGAAGGCCAGACAGGAGGGAGAGGCCCCAGAGCCCUAUAGUCUCCCCAGGCGGAGGCGGAGGCCUGCUCCCAGGUUACCUUUAGCCCUUUAGGCUCAGGUCUCUUGUUUCUGGUGCCUGGGAAGGUGAGGCCUUUCUCCUGAGAACUCCUGGGGUAGAACAGUAUGUGCUGCAGUAACUGUGAGCCGGGCUGCCCCGCUCUAACUGAUACCUUCAAACUCUUUCCAUGGAGGACAGAGCGUCCUCAUCCCUAGCACCUGUGUGACCCUUCUUAGCUUAUGGGGCACAGCUGGGCCUCAGCUUAGCCCAGCUCCUGACACUGCCAGUCUGUGUGCCCAACAGCCCCUGGCAUGGAGACCUUCUUUAGGAAGCAUUUCCAGCGAAAGGCACCAGGUCCUGGAGAGAGGCAGCGGCGGUCCAGUGGCAUGGGGCUGCCCACAGGCAAGGCUCGACGCCGCUCCCCAGCAGGGCAGGCCUCCUCGGCCCUGGCUCAGAGGCGCCGCUCCAGUGCACAACUCCAGGGCUGCUUUCCCAGCUGCGGGGUGGGCACGAGAGGUGCCAGUCGCAGGCGCUCCAGCACUGCACCCCUUACCUGCAAUCCCCGCUUCACGGUCGAUGUGGCGCCUACCCUACAACCUGCCACAGUUGGGGCCCAGCUUCUGGGUGCACCCCUGCUGUUGGCUGGGCUCGUGAGCAUGAAGGAGGAGGAGGAAGGGGCCCAGGAGGGAGAUGAGACAGUUGAGGCAUCAAGCAAUGCCAGGCCGGGUACCAGGACAGCGCCCUUCUCACACCAGGGCACGUGGCCACUGCUUCCCGUGCCCCGCUGCCUGCGCCGAGCCUCCUCGCACCUGCUCCCUGCUGAUGUGCAGUGCGGCCAUACUCUUUGGGGCCUGCAGGGCCACUAUCGUCGCCUUAGCCAGCGGUGGCCCUCAGGCCAGCACCCUGGUCUUGGGGGCCGAAGCCCAAGAGCCUCGGGCGCUGCAGCAGGCCCCGUGAUACCAGCCCGUGUGCGCCCGCUGUCUCGCAGACGCCAGGUAGCUCUAAGGCGGAAGUCAGCAGGACCCCAGCCCUGGAGCGCCCUGCUUAUGAAAGCCAUCACCAAGUCGGGCCUCCAGCACCUGGCACCCCCUCCUCCCACGCCCGGGGCCCCGUGCGGUGAACCUGAGCAGCCGUUCCGGAGCACUGUGGACUGGAGUGAGUCAGCAGCGUAUGGGGAGCACAUCUGGUUUGAGACCAACGUGUCCGGUGACUUCUGCUAUGUCGGGGAGCAGUACUGUGUAGCUAGGAUGCUGCCAAAGUCAGCACCCAGAAGGAAGUGCGCGGCCUGUAAGAUCGUGGUGCAUACCCCAUGCAUCGCGCAGCUAGAAAAGAUCAAUUUCCGCUGUAAGCCAUCCUUCCGUGAAUCAGGCUCCAGAAACGUCCGUGAGCCAACCUUCGUAAGACACCACUGGGUCCACAGGCGACGUCAGGAUGGCAAGUGUCGGCACUGUGGGAAGGGCUUCCAGCAGAAGUUCGCCUUCCACAGCAAGGAGGUUGUAGCCAUCAGCUGCUCCUGGUGCAAACAGGCGUACCACAGCAAGGUGUCCUGCUUCACGCUGCAGCAGAUCGAGGAGCCCUGCUCCCUCGGGGCGCAUGCAGCUGUGGUCAUCCCGCCCACCUGGAUCCUCCGGGCCCGGAGGCCCCAGAACACCCUCAAGGCCAGCAAGAAGAAAAAGAGAGCAUCCUUCAAGCGGAGGUCCAGCAAGAAAGGACCUGAGGAAGGCCGCUGGAGACCCUUCAUUAUCAGGCCCACCCCAUCCCCCCUCAUGAAACCCCUGCUGGUGUUUGUGAACCCCAAGAGUGGGGGCAACCAGGGUGCCAAGAUCAUCCAGUCUUUUCUGUGGUAUCUGAAUCCCCGACAAGUCUUUGAUCUGAGCCAGGGAGGACCCAGGGAAGCGCUGGAAAUGUACCGCAAAGUACAUAAUUUGAGGAUUCUGGCUUGCGGGGGUGAUGGCACGGUUGGCUGGAUUCUCUCCACCCUGGACCAGCUGCGCUUAAAGCCACCGCCUCCUGUGGCCAUCCUGCCCCUGGGCACUGGCAAUGACUUGGCCCGAACCCUCAACUGGGGCGGGGGUUACACAGAUGAGCCUGUGUCAAAGAUCCUCUCCCACGUAGAGGAAGGGAAUGUGGUACAGCUGGACCGUUGGGACCUCCGAGCAGAGCCCAACCCUGAGGCAGGGCCCGAGGAUCGAGAUGAUGGAGCCACAGAUCGGCUGCCCCUGGACGUCUUCAACAACUACUUCAGUCUGGGCUUUGAUGCCCAUGUCACCCUGGAGUUUCAUGAGUCUCGAGAAGCCAACCCAGAGAAGUUCAACAGCCGCUUUCGGAAUAAGAUGUUCUAUGCUGGGACGGCCUUCUCUGACUUCCUGAUGGGCAGCUCCAAGGACUUAGCCAAGCACAUCCGAGUAGUGUGUGAUGGAGUGGACCUAACCCCCAAGAUUCAGGACCUGAAACCGCAGUGCAUCGUCUUUCUGAAUAUCCCCAGGUACUGUGCAGGCACCAUGCCCUGGGGCCACCCUGGGGAGCACCAUGACUUCGAGCCCCAGAGGCAUGAUGAUGGCUACCUUGAGGUCAUCGGCUUCACCAUGACAUCCUUGGCAGCGCUGCAGGUGGGUGGGCACGGCGAGCGGCUGACCCAGUGCCGAGAAGUGCUGCUCACCACUGCCAAGGCCAUCCCUGUGCAGGUGGACGGGGAGCCCUGCAAGCUCUCAGCAUCGCGGAUUCGGAUCGCCCUGCGCAACCAGGCCACAAUGGUGCAGAAGGCCAAGCGCCGGAGCACUGCCCCGCUGCACAAUGAUCAGCAACCAGUUCCUGAGCAGCUGCGGAUCCAGGUGAGCAGGGUUAGCAUGCACGACUAUGAGGCCCUGCACUAUGACAAGGAGCAGCUCAAGGAGGCCUCUGUGCCUCUGGGAACUGUGGUGGUCCCCGGAGACAGUGACCUGGAGCUCUGCCGUGCCCACAUUGAGAGACUCCAGCAGGAGCCCGAUGGGGCUGGAGCCAAGUCCCCGAUGUGCCACCAACUCUCCUCCAAGUGGUGUUUCCUGGAUGCCACCACUGCCAGCCGCUUCUACAGGAUCGACAGGGCCCAGGAGCACCUCAACUAUGUGACGGAGAUUGCCCAGGAUGAGAUUUAUAUCCUAGACCCAGAGCUUCUGGGUGCAUCAGCCCGGCCUGACCUCCCCACCCCUACCUCCCCACUCCCUGCCUCACCCUGCUCCCCUACACCCGGGUCACUGCAGGGGGACACUGCACUGCCUCAAGGUGAAGAGCUGAUUGAAGCUGCCAAGAGGAAUGACUUCUGCAAGCUCCAGGAGCUGCAUCGAGCUGGAGGGGACCUCAUGCACCGAGACCAGCACAGCCGCACACUCCUGCACCACGCAGUCAGCACUGGCAGUAAGGAAGUGGUCCGCUAUCUGCUGGAUCAUGCACCACCAGAGAUCCUUGAUGCUGUGGAGGAGAGUGGGGAGACCUGUCUACAUCAGGCAGCCGCCCUGGGUCAGCGCACCAUCUGCCACUACAUUGUGGAAGCCGGGGCCUCCCUCAUGAAGACAGAUCAGCAGGGCGACACUCCCCGGCAGCGAGCUGAGAAGGCUCAGGACACAGAGCUGGCUGCCUACCUGGAGAACAGACAGCAUUACCAGAUGAUCCAGAGGGAGGACCAGGAGACAGCUGUGUAGUCAAGGGGACCACGGAUCAACGAGGGACACUACCAGAGGACCGGAGCUCUCCUUGUCCAUCUCACUGCCACAUUCCUGUCAGAUGGCUCUGGGGGGACCCUGCCACAGGGAAGGAGCCCCGGGCCACCCCCUGAGAAGCCGAUCAGAUCUAGGGCUGGACUCUAAGGAGCUGGACUCUUCACCUGUCCCUGGUUUCAAGGGGAACAGGAAACAGGCUGGGCUGGCUGGGCCCCUCCCCUCAGGGCAGGCCCCCCCCCGCGCCCCCCCAGCCUUCGGAAGAGCUGGGCAGGGCUCAGCAAGACUUCAGGGAGGCCUGCUCUCAGCAGGACUUUCAAAAGCCACCUGCUCCUUUGGGCUCUCUGGAGGGUUCUGGUGCCUAGCCCUCCUCUCUGAUCCACCCGCCCUGGGCUUCCCAGAAACUUCCGAGCCUGCUGUAUUUACCUACCCGCUGCCCUGCUUGGCACCUACCCUGGUCUUCCUCCUCAAGCACCCAGUCAUUUCUUGGCGGACUGUAUGGCCUGGGGUGGGGGUGGGGCUCCCACGGUGACUUGUUUACAGCUGGGUGUGACUCAGUAAAGUGAAUUUUUUUUCCUUU